CGCUGACCGCCUUUGAAGCUGGGGCAAAAACACAGAGUUCUGGCACUGCAGCUUCCUAUGUACAGCAUACAAACAAGACGCAUUGAUUUGGAAUACAAAAUCUCGAUUCCAAUUUCCGGUAUUUAUUCUGGCAUCUUUAUUUUGGUAUCGACAUAUAUAUACAGCUUUGCGACAGCUUCCAACGCUGUUUAAAUCGUUCGGCAGUCACAUUUAGCCCGCCGCACGAGCUGCUACCACUGAACGCCGACCGACUCGCAACGCGUUGAAGAUGGCUGACUUCUCAGAGGAUCCCAAUAUUGUGGUAGACGAGUUUGCGCAAACACGAGAGGCUGACGAUCUAUUCGAUGAUGAAAUUAUCCCUGUCUCCGGCGAUCAGCAGAUUCAACAAAUCCAUGAAGUGCCAGCUGAAGAACUGAAACCCACAGAGAACGUCACGCAAGAACCAAGCCCCUCAAGACGGUCUCGGGGAUCGGGUCGUGAAGGUGGUUCUCAUGAACGUGGGCGCGGACGGGGUCGAGGUAGAGGACGCGGUGGGCGGGGCGGUGUAGAUACGGGGACGAAGAACGAAGCUGUUGUCAAGGAUGAUAAGGAAGUGGCCGGAGGAAAGGAUCAAAACACCGUCGAACAGUCUGAGGAUCAGGUGAAUGAAGAAAAGGAUGAUAAUGGCGAUGAGACCAAAACUACGGCAAAAGCAGAGGUCGCAAAGGUUCAGGCAGUCCGAGGUGACCGGAGUGGUACCGGCGGCGUCAAAAAGCCAAAAUUGACGGAUGAGGAACUCGCUGAACGUAUGGCGGCCGCCAAACUCAACGCUGCCAAGAAGGCUGCUGCGCAUGCUCGUGCUGAGGCUGAUGAGGCCUCAUUCCAAGAGCGCGAGAGAGUUGCAGCCGUAAAGCGUCGGCAGGAAGCGGUGAACCGCAAAGUCAUGGACAACGAGCGCGAAAAGAAUAGGAUGCGCAAACUCGGCGCACAGACUGGGCGCGAAUGGGAUGCCGAAAAGAAAGAAGAGGAUUACAGUGGCCGCCGAGGCGGUGGCAGUCAAUUUCGACGUGGUAUGCAUGGCGGCGUUGCUGGUGUACCACGGCGUGAAAACACUGAAACCCCCGAGCGAAUUGACGACAAUGCUAGCCCUCGGGGCCGGGGGCGAGGUAGAGGUGGCCGUGGACGGGGACGAGGUCGUGGUGAUCGAGGAGAUUUUUCAAACGUUGGCGGUGGUCCGGCUGCACCAGAAGCUCCAUCUACCCCGGGCCUUGACAACGAGAGCGAAUUCCCUGCUCUCCCAGGCGGCUCUUCAAAAGAUUCUGGAGCAACCCCUACAGGUGCGACGCCUACGACGAACGUACCUAAAACCACCAUGGACAAACUGGUCUCAUUGGACUCUUCAUCUUCGCCGGCUGAAGGCUCCUGGGCAGACCAAGUUGACUCUGAAGACAUAUGACAUGCACAAUAUGCAACAUACCCCUAGAAAUGAUGUAUUUAUAUAUGGCCUGUAUAAUUAUCAUAGUAACUACCUCUGCACUAUCCUCUAGCAUACAGCCUCCAGCAUAAAAAGGUACAGUGCCUGUUCGUGGUAUCAAUCUUAAAGUUGAACUAACUCUCCAAAC